AUGAAAGACCCCCGAGCCUCGAAGCGGAGGAGAGUCUCCGAAGAGCCUGCGCCUGAUGAUGACGGAGAUAUCGCCAUGGAGAGCGAUGGCGAUGUAUACUCAGUCCCGUCCUCCCCCGAGCCCGAUGCAGACUCCGACGAGGACCAAGACUAUCGCGGCCCCCGAAGACAAGCUUCGCGACGUCAGUCCACUCGUGGUAGAAAGAGCAACGUGCCCGAUGGCUUGGAAGAAGAUGCUGUGGAGACACCCAGGAGUGCACGAACAAGUGGACGGCAACGUAAAGCGCCGCAGAGACUCGAAGACGCCCCUACACCGUCCUCGGUCCGACGGACGGCUGCUACGCCUCGAAGUGCUCGAGGGACGAGAAGCGCACGGAAGCCGAGACAAGAGUCUGCGGAUGAUAUUGAGAUCGAUAUGGAUGGGCAGUCUCCGAAGCCGACUGGAACAAUUGCUAGGACAAGGUCGCGAAGGAGUACGGCCAAGUCCAGGUCAUAUGGCGCCAAUGGGGGCGCUGGAGAGGAUGAUAAGGACCACUCUCCUUCAUUUGAAGGAUAUAAUGAUGGCCUUGAUGAUCUCGUUGUAAUGCAGCUACAACAAGACCUUCAGAAUAACGAGGAGGCCCCAGAGACAGCGGAAACGAUCGAUGCUCUCCCAGACUACGCAGAGAAGCUCCAAGCACUCUGCCAAUCUGGCUUGCAAGAUGAAGUCCGGGUCCUGACGACUGCACUACUUGAGAAGCUUUCCGGCAAAAAAAAAUUCCGCUCAAAGGGCUCGAAGACCGUCACCGUUGGCGAGGGUAACUCGAUGCUUCUUCUUGGGUCACGAGGUUGCGGCAAGACAGCAGUCGUUGAGAACAUCAUCUCGUCUCUCGGAAAGCAACACGGCAACGACUUCCACGUUGUUCGACUGAAUGGUUUCCUUCACACGGACGACCGUCUUGCUCUCCGAGAGAUGUGGCGCCAGCUUGGCCGUGAAACCCAUACUGAAGACGACGCAGCAAAGGUCAGCUCCUACGCCGAUACGAUGGCUACCUUGCUGGCCUUAUUGUCUCAUCCGGAAGAGUUAUUCGGGGCCAGUAAUGGGGACAAAGUGACAGCAGCCAAGUCAGUUGUGAUUCUUCUGGAUGAGUUUGAUCUCUUCGUGACCCAUCCUCGACAAACUUUGCUAUACAAUCUAUUUGAUAUUGCCCAAGCCAGAAAAGCGCCUAUUGCGGUCAUCGGGCUCACUACCAAGGUCGACGUGACUGAGAUGCUGGAGAAGCGUGUGAAGAGUCGUUUCAGUCACCGAUAUGUCUACAUUCCACUCCCGAAGACAUACGAGACUUUCUCGGAAAUUUGUAUGGCGUGUCUGGAUCUUGAUGAGAAUGAAGUUGAGGAGUUGACUGCUGGACUUGGAUCUGAGCAGGCUAUCAACAAGACUGCUGGUUGGAAAACGCUUCUAAAUGGAUGGAAGGAAUACUUGCAAAACCUUUUCAACGACAAGGACUUCCAAUCCCACCUCAAGAAGAUCUACCACCAGACCAAAUCUGUGAAGGAAUUCCUCGCAAGCGCGCUCCUCCCAAUCAGCGCGCUCCACCUCAGUACGCAAGCCGCCGACAAGCCUACGUUCCAGAUCCCAACACCCAGGAGCUUCGCCUCCCAAUCCCUCACCUGUCCAGACCCAGCGGCCCUGCCGUUCUCAACCUCUAUGACCGCAUCUUUCAGCCCUUCAUCUCUCCCCCUCUCUCUUCUCCUAGCAGCCACCCGCCUUGCUGCCCUCUUUGACCCGAGCAAUGACAGCAUCCAAGCUCAGAGCAUCGCUCCGUUAGCCCUCUCCUUCCCUGCAGCGUACGCAGAGUACGUACGCCUACUCACCUCUGCGAAGACCUCUGCCUCGAUCUCAGGCGCAGCAGCUACACCUGGCCGUGUCUGGGGCCGAGACGUGGCGCGGGAGUCCUGGGAGAAGCUAGUUACUUGGGGCCUCGUCACGCCUGUGGGUAGCGGCAAUGGUACUGCAGAUGGACAAAUGUUCCGUGUGGAGAUUAGCUUCGAGGAGGUUGUUGAGAUGGCUGGUACGGGGAGUUCUCUCGGACAAUGGUGGAGGGAAUGA